CUUUAAGGAACUGAAAGGGAUUCACAAUCAGAGAGCCUUCCACAUAAGGCACAAUUCUCGCUGAGUGGAUUCACAAGGCUGUCUAUCUGAGAAAUGAACAUUUCUGUAGGAGCUGUAAAUGCCCCAACUAACGUGACUGGCGGCCCUGCAACUCCAAGGAAAGGACCACCUAAAUUUAAGCAGAGGCAGACGAGGCAGUUCAAAAGCAAACCCCCAAAGAAAGGAGUCAAAGGAUUUGGGGAUGACAUUCCUGGAAUGGAAGGCCUGGGCACAGAUAUCACUGUGAUUUGUCCAUGGGAGGCAUUUAGUCAUUUGGAACUCCAUGAACUGGCCCAGUUUGGUAUUAUCUGACCUGGAAAUUGCAGCUGUCUCUCUGUCUGUAAAUUUCGUUACCAGCCCACACUCCUUUUAGGUUU